CAGAGUGGAGCUACCCUUUGCAUUCGAUCAUCGUCAUCAACGCGCCUCUGCGCACACAAACAACAGAGACCGACCCGCGCCGGCAGACAUGACCUCCGCGCAGACAGUACUGCAAAAGGCCGCCGACGAUGGCUCGCUGGACUCCGCCGAGUGGCCUGAGACAUUACAGUAUAUUCUGGAUCGCCUGGAUGAGAUAAUCCACGAGUUUCCCAAGCCGCCUGCAGACGCCAGCGCAGCCUCAAACACAGACACAGCGCCAAAGCCAGAAACUGCUGCGACAUCAAGCCAAGUUUCUGCGACCAACAAAGAAAAUGCGCCGCCUGCAACGCCCCCACGGCCGACGCCGCCAGUGCCUGUCUUCACUGCGUCAGAAUCCAAUGUCAUCCCUCCAGCCACGACGACCUUCUACUCGUCGAUACGGAACACACUGUCGAAGAACUUCGCAAAGCACCCUCCGCAUACGAUCCAGCGUCUGGCUGAGCUUAUCCUCGAGCCCAGGAGGCGGUACAAGUACUUAUCACCAUACCUGCGCGCCCUCGACCGCGUUGUAUCCGUAUCUUCGCCCCUCACUAUCUUCCCGCUGCCUCAAGCCGUCCUUCCCAGCGCUGGCGGCUUGCUCAACGGGACGACAUCAAUGCCAAACCCGCAGACUUCAACACUUGGCUCAGAUGAGUCCCUGGGCGGCGCCUUGCUCACACCUAUUCCAUGGCUACAAAGUCGUGGACAGAAUGAGCUUAUAUCAGAGAGCACGGAGAUGGUAGACGGGCCGAACGGCGCAGGUCGCAUCGAGACUGUCACCGUUGGGAUGCUCAGCGGGCAAGUUCCACGGCAGGAGACAGCCGCCUCGUCUCAAGUGUCACAGAUCGCGUCCUCACACCCUGAUGGUGAAACACUGCCGUCAACCGGUCCUGUCACUCAAGGAGAACUCCUGCGCCAGGAACAACAAGCUGGCAUCGUACUCAACAACCCUCAUUCACUGACCACGAGCCCCACCCGGACAACGUUCGGCCAAAUCGAGGGCGGGGGUACCGUUGUUGAAACAGUCGAAGCGGAAGAGGAGGCCCCACAUGCCAGAGGACCUGAGAUUAUCGGCAUGGAAGACACGGGGCCGCAAAAGCAAGGCGCCCCACUCGACAUUGAAGGAGCAAUUGGACGCCCUAGCCUUGAGCGCUCUAGCAGAAGCCCAGGACCGGCAGCAGCCCCUGGUACAGAAACAAAGGACGAGAAGAUGGAAGAUGCCGAAGAGAAGAACGAGGAUGAUCGAGCAGCUGAGGAGCAGCUCAAGGGUGAGGUGGCCGAGCAAGAAAAGGAAAGUGAGGCCAAGGAUGUAGAGAUGAAGUCAGAGAACUAGUGCACAGUGAUGGCAGCUCUCAUAGAGAAUGAGCGACUACAUAAAUCACAUUCACCGUACAGAAUCCUACGAGCUCCGCCAGCGGUACGCUCGGAGUUCAGCGCUGCGAUAUGUACAAAGAGAGGAUACUCCUCGGCGUGGAGGCAUGUAGGGAUUUGCAUGAGUUUGCGCACAUAGAUAGUCGGUGACAUCGGUCGACGUUCGAGGCAGGUUCACGGUGAGGCAGGAGUGACACCCAGACAACUUGGCAGUCGUAGACAACGAUCACUCACCAAAGUGAACAUCGAACACUCAUCAAGAAGCUCUACCUUUGCAUUCGGACCAGAGCG